AUGGCGACAAACGACAUGCAGCGCGCUCGCCUCCUCUCGGCAAUUUUUGGGAGCGUCGCCGUCUUUGCACUCUUGCUGCUCGUACUGUUGGUCAUCAAUCGCGACAGAAUACGCAGGCUGCAAAUGCCCGUCACCAACGAGGCGCUUCAGGUCUCAAUGGAGCGUUCAGUCUCCGUAACGCGGGAUUCUGUGCUACCAGGGAGGAAACCAAACAUGUUUCAAAUCCCGGUACGCAUCACGGGAAGUGCCAGGAGAGAAAUGAGAAACGAAAAUGCACGAUCAAUUGUUCUCCCUAUUCACGACGUUCCCCCAGCGCUCCUCCGAGCCCCUGAGGGUACCAGAAGCCUAACAACCCCACGCACGCCGCCGGGUAUCUACGUCCCUAUCACACCUCGCAUAACACGUUCAUUAUCGACUCGUUUGGUCCUCUCGACCGACAGAGCUGUGCCCAACGACCCUAGAGGUAAGAACGUUACGGAGACGGGCGUCAUUGUCAUCCAUCCUCCUCGUCCACCACGUCGCCCACGCGCUCCGUCUCCACCCCCGACAUACGCACAGUCCACAAACUCUUCGCCGACGGUGGAGAUGUCGACAGUUCCCUACGGCCUCCCCCGCUAUCACUAA